UCGUACCUGAUCGUCACCCAGAGAUCCGCGAGCACCACGGAUGACGGUAUAGAGCGGAAACCUCAUGUACAUGUAUGAUCUAAUAGUUAUGCGUUUCCCACUCGUUUAUCUGCGCUCAGCGAGUGGACCUUCCGAUGGACUAACAGUCACAGCCACAGCUACGAUCCAAUAGACGAUCCAAACUACUUUUCUGCCCCUUUUUUGGACUGGCAAUUAAGGAAUUCCGGCCAAUUAGGAGAUCCGGGAGCGACGGGACCGCAGCCCGUUGCACGGAGAUGGACGGGCGCGCGUGGAUCCCGUUCUCCACAAUGACAAUGAAUUGUUGUGUUAUUGUUUUGAUGUGAUAGAGUCGAGGGCUUUGAGGUGGUCGGGGCAUUAAAACGUGGGGAAACUCCAAGGACCAUUUUUUAGAGUGAGUCGCUAUGAUCGUUGGGUCGCAGCUCAUCCCUGGCGCGCAUCCAAACGUUCGAUGCCCGGUGGAGGAAUAGCUAAUCGCUGGGUGUAUGCGGUGGGUUAUGCCACAGGUGUAUGAGGUCCGGUUUACAAUUCGGAUAACUUCCCCUAUCGAGUGCACACGUAUGGCGAGACUAUAGGCUACCGUGAGCUAUGUAGUGGAAGACAUUCAUUUAAGUUCUGGAUUAUUUUUAAUUGAUUUGAGAAUUUGGAGAGGGAUCUUUUGCAAUUUAGUGGAAAAUGGAUCUAAAAGUAGAUUCCGAAGAAAUGGACAUCCGUCAACCUCCCUCUUUGGAGCUGUUCUCCCGCAACUCGACCCUACACGGAAUCUCUCACAUCUUCACCUACGAACGCGUGUGCGUGAAGCGCUGCCUGUGGCUGACCUUCUUCCUCAGCUCCCUGGCGUGUCUGCUCUACGUGUGCGUGGACCGGAUCCACUUCUAUCUGGAGUACCCACACGUCACCAAGCUGGACGAGGUCACGACCCCAAUGAUGGUGUUCCCAGCCGUCACAUUUUGCAACUUGAACUCGUUCCGCUUCAGUCGCGUAACCCGGAAUGACCUGUACCACGCGGGGGAGCUGCUCUCACUCCUCAAUCAGAGGUAUGAGAUCAGGGACAUACACCUGGUGGAGGAGAAUGUUCUGGAGUCCCUGAAGCUCAAAGCGGACUUCCACAACUUCAAGCCGCGGCCCUUCAACAUGCGGGAGUUCUACGACCGUACGGGCCACGACAUCAGCGACAUGCUGCUCUCCUGCCACUUCAGGGGCUUGGAGUGCCGAGCGGAAGACUUCAAAGUCGUGUUCACUCGCUAUGGGAAGUGUUACACGUUCAAUGCAGGAGUCGACGGCCGCUCUCCACUCAUCACCACCAAGGGAGGGAUGGGCAACGGCCUGGAGCUCAUGUUGGACAUCCAACAGGACGAGUACCUGCCUGUCUGGGGAGACACGGAGGAGACCUCAUUCGAAGCAGGGGUCAAAGUUCAGAUCCACAGCCAGGAGGAGCCGGCGUUCAUCGACCAGCUGGGCUUCGGCGUGGCCCCCGGGUUCCAGACGUUUGUCUCCUGCCAGGAACAGAGGUUGAUCUACCUGCCCCCACCCUGGGGGGACUGCAAGGUGACCCCCAUGGACUCAGACUUCUUUGAGAGCUACAGCAUCACAGCAUGCCGCAUCGACUGCGAGACGCGCUACCUGGUGGACAACUGUAACUGCCGCAUGGUGCACAUGCCCGGUGACGCACCAUACUGCACCCCUGAGCUGUAUAAAGAAUGUGCUGAUCCAGCUCUGGACUUCCUGGUGGAGCGGGACAAUGACUUCUGCGUGUGCGAGACUCCCUGCAACAUGACACGCUACAGCAAAGAGCUGUCCUUCGUCAGGAUCCCCAGCAAAGCAUCCGCCAAGUACCUGGCCAAGAAGUACAACAAGUCCGAGCAGUACAUCGCUGAGAACCUGCUGGUGUUGGACAUCUUCUUUGAGGCCCUCAACUAUGAGACCAUAGAGCAGAAGAAGGCCUACGAAGUGGCAGGACUUCUUGGUAUGUCAGCCUUAUUUCUCCUGCUUUCCCUCCAUGAUGGAGGGAACGUCCCUUCUAAUAUCUGUCUCUUAUGUGCUUAUGGGUUUCUUGUUCUAGGGGAUAUCGGCGGCCAAAUGGGACUGUUUAUUGGAGCGAGUAUACUAACCAUUCUGGAGCUAUUUGACUACAUCUAUGAGGUGCUAAAGUACAAGUUGUGCCGCUGCUCGGACAAGAAGAACAAGCAUCUCAACGACAACAACAACGACCACGGAGCCGUGCUCGGCAUGGACGACGUCAAGUGUCACGUCACCAACUUCCACUGAUCCUCUGGCCGGCACCUACAGAGAGAGGAGAAUGUGUUAUACUGUGUGUGCCUGCUUUAGGGUCACCAUGCUUCACACAGGGUUUAGGUGCGGACGCUAUCUGGAUAGAUUCAUCAGUACGUCUCAUUUAGAUGCUGCAUCGGCCUAGGUAGACACCUUUGCGACAGACAGGGACGUAACCAUUUGCAGAACCAUUUGCUGUGGCUCAGCUGGCGAUGCCCUUCAUCGGGUGUGUUAUCACACAGGUGAUGUGAUACCAUGGUGUUAGCUCCCCCGGUAUAUUUGGGUUUGAAUAUUUAUUGUUAUUAUUAUUAUAUGAGUUAAGAAUUUGGGUUUCA